UAAAAGGCUGUGCCGAGGAGCUGGCCGGUGGAGCCGGCUGCGGAAAGUGAAAGUCAGCCUGGUGCUCUCCACGCCGCCGCCGGCCCUCCGCACUCCCAGGACAGCGGUGCGGCCCUCGGCGGGGCGCGGACUCGGCGGCGGCCAGCGAGCCAGCGAGUGAGCGAGGGCGGCCGACGCGCCGGGCCGGGACCCAGCUGCCCGUAUGACCGCGCGGGGCGCCGCCGGGCGCUGCCCUCCCACGACAUGGCUGGGCCCCCGGCUGCUGCUGGUCUGUCUCCUGGUGAGCAGGAGUAUUACCGAGAAGGACUUGAAGAAUUGUAGCUACAUGAUUGGGGAUGGACACCUGCGGCUCCUGCAGCAGCUGAUUGACAGUCAGAUGGAGACCUCGUGUUCAAUUGACUUUGAGUUUGUAGACCAGAAACAGUUGAAAGACCCGGUGUGUUACCUUAAGAAGGCAUUUUUCCUGGUGAAAGCCAUAAUGGAGGACACCAUGCGUUUCAAAGACAACACCUCUAAUGCCAAGGCCCUGGCGACGCUGCAGGAACUCUCUGUGAUGCUGCAGGACUGCUUCCCCAGGGAAGAGCAGGACAAGGCCUGUGUUCGAACUUUCCAUGAGACGCCUCUCUGGUUGCUGGAGAAGAUCAAGAAUGUCUUUAAUGAAACAAAGACUCUCCUUAAAAAGGACCAGAACAUUUUCAGCAAGAAUUGCAGCACCAGCUUUGCUGAAUGCUUCAGACAAGAUGUGGUGACCAAGCCUGAUUGCAACUGCCUGUACCCCAAAGCCACCCCUAGCAGUGACCUGGCCUCUGUCUCCCCUCAGCAGCCCCUUGCCCCCUCCAUAGCUCCUAUGGCUGGCUUGAGCUGGGCUGACUCUGAGGGGACGGAGGACAGCUCCCUCUUGCCCAGUGAGCAGCACCUUCGCACAGUGGACCUGGGCAGUGCCAAGCAGCGACCACCCAGGAGUACCUGCCAGAGCUUUGAGUCACCAGAGACCCCAGGCAUCGAGGGCAGCCCCACCGGAGACUCACCUCAGCCCCGCUCCUCUGUCAGUACCCCCAUCUCUGAGAUGGAGGACGUUCUGAACUCUGUGUUGGGCACUAACUGGGCCCUGGAAGAGGCCUCCGGAGAGGCUAGUGAGGGUUCUGUACCCCAAGGGGCAGAGCUUUCCUCCUCCAGGCCAGGAGAAGGUAGCAUCCAGGCAGAGACCACCAGACCGAGCAACCGUUUCUCAGCAACUUCUCCACUCUUCCGACUGGCAAAGGGUCUGCAGCCAGCAUAUGUAACUGGCAUCGCCCUGCCCAAGGUGGGUCCUGUGAGAUCCACUGGCCAGGCCUGGAGUCACACCCCUGAGAAGACAGACCAUCCGUCUGCCCCGCCCAGAGACCACCAGGAGCCAGCCUCUGCCAGGGCCUCGUCACUGCGCCCACACGGCCUCAACGGUCCCUCCACCCUCUCCACUCAGCCAAGGCUUCCCAGCGGCCACUCCUGGGGCAAUGUGCUGCCUCUUGGGGAGCUGGAGGGCAAGAGGAGCACCAGGGACCGGAGGAGCAUCACAGAGCUGGAAGGAGGACGAGCAAGUGAGGGGGCGGCCAGGCCCCCGGCCAAUUUUAACUCCAUUCCUUUGACUGACGCAGGCCAUGAGCAGCCCCAGCCCCCGGAGCGUGUCUCCCGCCUACUGGUACCCGGCAGCAGCUGCGGCGGAGUCAUCCUGGCCCUGCUCGCCGCCGUUGGUGGCCUACUGUUCUACAGGCGCAGGCGGCGGAGCCACCAAGCGCCUCAGACAGUAGAUUCUCCCAUGGAGCGACAAGAGGGCAGCCCCCUGACCCAGGAUGAAGACAGACAGGUGGAACUGCCAGUGUAGAGGGAAUUCUAAGCUGGGCGCACAGCACAGUCUCUCCAUGGAGAUACUAUGGGGGCAUCCACCUCCCUCCUCCCCAGCCAUUCUCCUAGGAAUAUGGCCUGCCCACCAUGAGAGCUCCUGCCUCCCAGGACUAGACCAGAGCAGCCAGGCUGGGGUGCCUCCAUCCUAGACCCUCAGACUCUGGACUAAGGGGGCCGGAGGAUGCCCCCCACGCUGCUGAUAUUUAUCGUGGGCCCUGGAGGCUCCCGUCCACUUGAGGGAGGCUGGCAAGCCCGGCUGAGGACCCUCUGCCCCUCAGGGGCUGUGUUCUUCUCCCACUCCCCUCCAUCCAACGCCUGGGCCAGGGACCCAGAGGCCUGUGGAUGUGGGAGAACAGUGUGGGCACUGAGGAAUGGAAGAGCCCUUGUGCCCAGAGGACCCACUGGUAGGGUGCCAAGGGAUCCCUACGCCAACAAGCAAGGACUUGUGUCUAGAGAGAAGCAUGAUAUUUGCAGGGCGGGACAGCGUCGGCUGAAUUUCCCAGAAAGGUGUGCAGCCCGAAAGACGGGAAGAGAAGGCCUGCAGGUCUCCAUUGACAGCCCAGAACGGGUCUACGCCCUCCACUUGCCUGCGUGUCCUCUGCUGGUUGCCAGGCGGACAGGGGAGGCCAGCCCUGCCCUCAGGAGCUGCCUGGCUGAGCUGGUGAUGCCAAGGUGAAGACCAAGUCUGGCCUCUGCCCUGCUGUCCCUCCAGCCCUGCCAGAGCUUCUCCCGGAUGCCGCGCAGAGGCUCCCCUCAUGAAGGAAGCCAUUGCACUGUGAAUACUGAAUCUGCCUGCUGUACGGCCUGCCGCCCGUCCCUGUGAGCGAGCAUCUGUCCGUCCUCCCGCCCCUCCAACCUCUCCCCCAGCUUCCUGCACUGAGUGCCUGAGCCGGCCUCGCCUGUCGACUGAGGGAGCCCCUGAGCCCUGACCUUCUGCUGACCCAGCCUAUGCCUCCCCAGGUGGAUCAGACGGGGAGAACUGCUUGGGCCUCCAGCCAGAGCUGGUCUUUAGGCUGUACUGUUGGCCCAGGUUUCUGCAUUUUGCACUUUGAAGUUCCCAAGAGGGAAGUGACUAGCGGGAGGAACAAAGGGAGGGGAAGCAGAGGCAGACACAGGGAGAAGUGGCAGGAUGAGCUGACUAAAAGUGGGUCUUUGGAAUUAUGGGUAUCGACCUGAGGUUGGGGGAGGCAUCUUUGCCCCCCAGCCCUGUCUCUUGCCCUGUAGUAGUCCCCUGCCCCAACCACAGCUGCAAGGCCGCUGCCGGCAGGCACCUGGGGCUGAACGGCUUGUCCCUCUUAGAAGCCCUCCAGCUCUCACUGCCGCCUACCCAAUACCACCAUCUCUCUGACCAGGCAAGCCAGUGUGGGAGAGGGGUCGGGAGGGUCCAGGCAUCUGCUUUCAAGUCUGCCUUAAAGACCUUUGCCGCCAUGGCUAAGGCUCUAAUGCUGAGCAGCCGGUGACAGGGCUCUCAAGUGCCCUUGGUCCCUUUGUGCUGCUGUGUCUCUCCUCUCCUACUACCCUGGGCUCUCCAUCGGGAGACCCCACCCUACCUGGCUAUUGGGCUGGGGCCCUGGACCUUCCCUUCCUGCCCUAGAAAGCGAGGGUCUGCAGGCCCCACUUCCCCUGCCUGCUGCUGACAGCUGAGGGAAGGACAACUGAAGCCUUUCCCCAUAGGGCUUCUUCUUCUAGUCACAGACUCUAUAUUUGAUACUAGAAAAUAUGUAUUUAAAAAUGGAAGGAAAAAAACACACAGAAAAAACGGCAUUCUUCCUCUACCCCUACCCCUCAAACAUAUAGUAUUUUAAAAGUCAAGAAAGCAAAGAGCUUCUGCAAUGGGUUGGCUUUACUUUCUUGACACGGGAGCGGGAGGGGCCCAGAGCCACCUCUGGGUGUGCACCCCGGCCACCUGCACAGGAACCCCCAUCUUUUUCUCUGAGAAAGCUGAGAGGGAACAUUGGCUCACACACUGUGAGAUUUUGUUUUUAUACUUGGAAGUGGUGAAUUAUUUUAUAUAAAGUCAUUUAAAUAUCUAUUUAAAAAAUAGGAAGCUGCUUAUAUAUUUAAUAAUAAAAGAA